UUUCAACAACAAGAUGACAAGAAAGCGUUCGAGUCCCAUGGGACUCGAAAUAUAUUUGCCAGUUUUACUGGCAUUUAUAAUGUUGCCAUUAUUAGCUCAAGCUGCUCCUUUACAAGAUUACACAGAAAUUCAACAAUAUACUGAAGGCUGCUACUACAACUACAAUCAUUACAAUGAAGGCGAUAGAAUCAUGACAAAUGAGCCCUGUUUGAAUUGUACGUGCCACAAUAAGAUGCUCAUGUGCUAUUUGCGUGUAUGUCCGUUCACCAAGCCCAUUGGACAUGAUUGCAUAGUGGAGAAACGUGAGGAUCAAUGUUGUCCAAUCAUUACAUGUCCCGAAGUUCCUGUCGAUGUUGCUCAUAUUGCUCCCGCACCUGGCACAGAAUUGAGUUUCCCUGAGAAGUUUGGCUGCAGUAUUGAUGGUAAAUUCUAUUUGGAAGGUGCUCAAGUUCCAUCAAAUCCCAACAAACCUUGUGAACUUUGUUACUGUAUUAAGAAUCGUACCUCCUGUUUAAUGCAAGAAUGUACAUUGCACAUUGAUGGCUGCACUCCAAUUUAUAAUAAGGGUUCUUGCUGUCCUGUACGCUACAAUUGCGACCACGAAAACGAUGUACUCGAAUUGGAGGAUCAUUCUACCACAACUGAAGCUACUACUACCACAACCACUGAACGUCCAACUACAGGUUUCAUUCUUACCAGCACCAUGUCUCCCUCUGUUUCAACCGAUUGUGUUCAUAAUGGUGAAUUAUAUGCUGAUGGUGCUCGCAUUGCUGGCGAAACUGCUUGUGAAAACUGUUAUUGUAUGCGUGGUGAUAUCAUUUGUGCAGUUCAAGAAUGUCAUAUGCCUAUGCUUAAUGAUAAUGGUAAAUCAUGCCACGCUUUGCCCGCUGCUGAAGGUGAAUGUUGCCCCAGCAAUUAUGUUUGCGAAGACGACACUGCCACAACACAGAUUAUUGAAGCUACUACCUUGCCUUAUGGUAGCCUCGAUGAAAAUGAAAAGAUUACUACUGCCGCUCCAGUCAAGGAUCUUCAUAGUGCCAUACCCGAAGAAGAUUUGCAAUUGCAAACUCAUAUCGACGAAGAAGAGACUGCAACUAAGGUCCCCUCAACUGAAGGUGAAUCAGAAGAAAAAGAAGAUGCUACAGAAGCUGGCAUUAUCGGCAAACCAACUGAUCAACCAAUUACCGCCACUGAAGAUCAUAAAAAACAAGACGAUACCGAACAAGAAUCCGUUACUAAAGUUUCUGAUGAAGCCGAAGCAACAACUGUAUCAUCGACAGAUGUCAAACCUAUUGAAGGUGAAGAAUUUGUUACUACUGCUCCAAUUAGUGCUGAUGAAUUACCUGAUCAUCAAAUUACCACUACUGAGGAUCAAGAAAAACAUGAAGGUGUUGAAGAAGAAUCCGUUACUAAGGUUUCUGAUGAAACUGAAGCAACAACUGUAUCUUCGACAUAUGUCAAACCAACAGAAGGUGAUGAGUCUGUUACCACAGCUCCAACUAGCGCUGAUGAAUUACCAGAAUCAUCAACUGAAUUGUCCGUUGGUGCUGAAGAUGAAAGUAAAACUGAAUCAUCCGAAGAAAUCGUUACUAAAUCACCCACUCAAGAAGAAGAAGAAGAACAUGCUGGUGAAGAAGCAGUUACUAAAGUUCCUAUUGCUGCUGAUGAAAUCUCUACUGACGCUACUGCUAGUGGUGAAGAAUAUGCUACCGAAACAUCUGAAGAAGGCAAACCUGAACACGAAGAAUCCGUUACCAAGAUACCUGCGGUUGAUGCUGUAGAAAGUCAAUCUUCUACAGAAGUCACUCCAAGUGAAGAAGUAUCCGAAGAAUCCACUGAAUCCUCUGAUAAAGUUAAACCUGUUGCCGGAGAAGAACUUGUUACAAUGGUUCCUACUCUUGGUGAUGAAGGUAUCUCGACCGAAUCCGUUACAGAAGCUGGUGAGAAAAUUGUCACUGAAGCUACUAUUGCUGGCGAAGAAGAACACAAGCCCGUUGAUACUGAUGACUCUGCAACUAAAGCUCCUUUGGAUAUGGAACAUGCAACAGAGACAAUCGAAGAAGCAGCCACCAAAACUCCAUUUGCUGUUGGACAACAACAUGAUGAGUUCGCUACAGAAGCUCCUGUUCAAUCAUCGGAAGAUCAAUCUACAGAAAUUUCUGGUGAAGAAGCCGAUGAAGUAUCUACUAAAGCUCCCACAGCUGAAGAAGAAACACUAUCAAUUGCUAGUAAACCCGAAGAACAAGAAUCACAUAUCACAGAAGAAGAGGGUGUCGCCACAACCCCAGCUCCUGGCAAAGAUAUUAUCGAAGAUGAGCAAUUAUCUACGGAAGAACCCAAAAAGGAUGUUAAACCAGAAGAAGAAGAAAAAGAACAACAAGAAGCUGUUACAAUGUUACCUACAACAGGACAAGAACCGGCCGAAGAAACUAAACCCCAUGGCGAAGAAGAAUCUUCUUCCGAAACCUCGGUUGAAUCUGAAGAAGCUGAAAUGGUUACUAAACUUCCUGUUACUUCUGAUGAAGGUCAACUAUCUGCAACUACAGCUCCUGAAGUUGAAGAAGAAAAAGAUGAUAAGGAACCAACUCAAGCUCCAGUUGAUAUUGGCUCUGCAUCUACUGAAGAAGAAAUUGAAAGCUCCACCGAAGUGUCGGAAGAAGCAUCUGGUGAAGGAAAACCAAUUGCCACUGAUGAAGAACAAAUUGAUAUUACCACAGCUCCUACCAAAUCUGAAGAAGACCACACUACCAUUCCUUCAGCAGAAGAUAAACCUGUACUUGCUGACGAAUUAGGCAGUGGCGACCAUACUGACGAAGAACUGUCCGAAGCUGUUGUUCCCACUACUGAAGCUGUAACUUCCAUUCCUCUAUCACAAGAAGAAUAUGCCACGGCUAAACCAUUCACACCAACAGAAGGUGAAGGAGACUCCACCUCUGAAGUAUCUGAAGAAUCAGCAGAAUCUGAAGAAGAUACUAAACUUAUGGAUCUUACUACAGUUAAACCUUCUGUUUCCGAUGUCACAACAUCUGCUGAGGAAAUCAAGGUGGAUCAAGAACAAUUGGAUAUUACUACAACCAAGCCAGCUGUUACCGAAGUUACAACAUCUGCUGCUGAAGUUUCCGAAGGCAUCUCUGAAGAAGAAAAGGAAACAGCUACCAAAAUACCUUCAGAAGAAGAAAUUUCCUUCAGUACCAGUACUCCAAUUAAGAUUAAUGAUGAAGAUAAAACCGAAGAAGAAUCACCCGCCGAAGAUAAAAUUGAUAUUACCACAAUGGCUACAUCACUUGAAGAAAAACUUCCAACAGAAGGAACUAUUGAAGUUGAUUCCGAAGCUUCCAUUUCGAGCACUCCUAGUGCUGUUGGUGAAUCUGAAGAAACAAGUGGUGAAGACGAUACACAUAAACUCGAAAGUACUGAAGAAUCUCUUGAAUCAGAAGAAGUUACCACCCACAAAACUAUUGAAGAAGCUGACCAACAAACUACAUCAACACCAACUGUUGACAUUAUUACAGAAGGAGAAGAAGAUCAACACAAAGUUAUGCCUGAAACAAGUGAUCACAAAGUUGAAGAAACAACUGGAAUUACAGAUAGUCCAAUGGUCAUUAUUGAAGACAUGUCAGCCUUUACGACACCAGAACCAAAUGCUCAAGAAGAUAUUAGAAAAGAAACCGAAACUGAGGAAGUUGCACCAACUGCUACCGAAGAACCUUCAAUUGAUGAAGAAUCUUCAACAUCCACCACAAUUAAACCAAUUGUCGAAGCAACAGUUGUUGAAGAAAUGCCAGAUAUGCAAUUGCCUUCAGUUAUUCCAGGUGAAGGAGAUUGUUUGGUUGGACAGAAAACUUAUGAAAACAAUACCAUUGUUCCUACUUCUGACGAAUGUGAAAUUGUAUGCAAAUGUGUUAGCAGCAUUGUUACUUGUGAGCGCGUUAAAUGCGAUAUUCCUGAAAAUGUCGAACAAUGCAAAUUGGAUGAAACUAGUACUAACAAGUGCUGUCCUUCAUACAUUUGCGAUGUUGACGGUUUACCUCCUAAGAGUGAAGAUAGCAUUGAAUCAGUUGAAGAAGAUGAGGAUGAAGAAACUCAAUACACAACUACCGCAGCUCCUCACAAACUCCCUGUACAACCAACUGUUGAAGAAGCCGAUACUGAAAAAUCUGAAACUACUAGCAUUAAACCUUCUUUAGCAUCUGAAGGUGUUAGUAUUCCUGAAAUUGAAAUGCCUGUCGCUAGUACUGAAGAACCAAUGUCACAUGUUAAGGACGAAGAAGAAUUUGAGCAACAGACUAUUAAAACUCCUAUUGAAACUAUGGCUGAGGACAAAAAAGAUAUUAUUGCUGAAGAUGAGACACCUACUACACCAGCCGCUGUUGUCGAGGAUAUUGUUGUACCCCAAUCAAUGGCACCAGUUGAAACGUCUGAACAAGAACCACAAGAGAUUGUUACUGAAAAGGCUCCAGUUGAGACAGCAGAGAAGGAAACUGCUCCAGAGCACCCUGUUGACCAACAGAAAUCAGAAGAAGAAUUGGACGAACAUACUACAUUCGCACAUGGUCUCGUCGAAUCCACAACAGAUUCUAUUGCACAUGUCCCAAGUGAUGAAAAAGAAGAAAGUGAAACUCAAACUACACCAGCAGUACCUUCAUCUGAUGAAUAUCAUACUGUUAAACCAAUUGAAGAAGACAAAAAAGAACAACCUGAAACUCAAACAUUGCCUACCUCAUCAACAGAAGAAGAAGCUGCCGUUACCGAAGAUAUUGCAGAAGAACCUGCAGCUCAUACUUCUGCUCCUUCUGUGCCAUUAUCCGAGGAAGAAAAAGAAACACAAACUUCUCUUCCAUCCCUUUCAUCCGAAGAUGACAAAGAGACAGAAACACAAACUGCUCUUCCAUCCCUUUCAUCCGAAGAGGACAAAGAGUCAUCUGAAGAGACAGAAGAAACACAUACUGUUCUUCCCAUUGAAUCUCACGAAGAAAUCGAACCAUCCAAAGAAUCAGAAACUCAAACUGCCUAUCCAAUGGCUGGCGAUGAAGUUCACACAUUGGCACCAUCUGUUGAAGAAACAUCAUCUGAAAAACAAGAAGAAAUUGCGGGUACUGAAACUACAACACCAGCUAAAGAUACUGAAUUCCCAACUGUGUCUACUGAAUCUGCUGAAAAGGAGCACUCUGCUGAAGAUUCAAGCGAAGAUAUUUCAGAAUUCACAACUGCUGCACCAAUUAAGGAUCUCGAUGCAGAAACCGAAGAAGAAGAUAUUACUCGUACAACAGCUGUUCCUUCAAUCGAUGACUCUGAAGAAUAUACAACAUCUACUACUGAAAAACCAUCUGAGGAAAUCGAAGAUCACACUAUUUCUUCAGAAGUUAAGGAUCAUACUGAUGCUGCAUUAUUGGAUGAAGUUGCUUCAACAAGCACUUCUGUCCCAGAAGGACAAAAAGAAGACCAUACCGAUGCUAUACCAUUCGAAGACGAUAUGUCAUCCACUGCUCUGCCAUCCGUAUUUGAUAAGGAAGAAGUUCAUACAAUUGCUCCACCCACAGAAGAUGAAACUGAAACUGUUAAACCUACUGAAGAAGAAGAAUCAGUCGAACAAGAAUUCGAUCGCACUACUGUUGCUUCCGAAACUAUCGAUGAAGCACCUGUGGAAUAUACUGUUGCUCCAAUUGUUCUUGAUGAACAUGAGGAAACAUCUGAAGAAUCCGGUGCUCAAGGUUCCACUCCUGUAGUUCCUAUUAGCGAAUCUCAAGAAGAUGAACAACCUGAUACCCAAACCUCAAUUACUGCCUCAGAAGAACAUACUUUUGCUCCAUCUUCUGAAGAAUCAGUUGAAGAAGACAAAGAAAAGGAAACUCAAACUACAGCUGUUCCAACCUUUGAUGACGAAUCUUCAAUUCAAACUACACCUUCAGGCACUGAUAUUGCCACAGAAAAACCAAUUGACUUCGAAACUAAAAUUGAUACAUCAUCGUCAGUUCCUUCAAUGGAUGAAGUACAUACUGAUGUUCCAUCUCACGAUGUUAUUGAAGAUAUAUCCGCCACUACAGCCGCUUCCCCUGUUGAUAAGAUUGAUGAACACAAAGAAUUGGCAGAGGACCACACAAUUGCUUCGUCUACAGAUGUUUCUAUAGAAGAACAAACUGAGUCCGAUGAAGAAGAAAUCACAAGUGCACCAGUUGAAAAGGUCACCGAAUCCACAGAAGAAAAAACUACCAUACCCUCUAUUGAAGAUGUUAAAGGUGAAUUGGAACCAUCUUUGGCUCAUACUGUGGCUCCUUCAGUUGAAGGAGAAGAAUCAGUUACCAAAUCUCCUAGCGCUUCAGAUGAAUAUUCACCAGAAGAUAUUGAACAUAUGACACACGGACCAUUCACAUCAGAUGAAACAACUUCUGAAGUUAUUUCUUCUGAAGAGGAUAUGAAAGAAGACGAACUUUCGGUUUCUGAAGCCGAAAAAGAGAAACCUACAAGUGCUAUCGAUGAAUCAACCACAGUUGCACCAGCCGUGGAAAUUGAAGUUCAAAGUACUCAUACUCCAGUUAAACAACCAUCAUUGGAUCUAUCUGAAGAAGCAUCUGGAGAAUCUAUUGAAUCUGAAGAAGAAAUUGGCACUGAGCCUACCAAGAUCCAACAUAUUGGCGAAUUUGUUACUGAACGUGUGGAAGAAGCUACCUCUAUACCGACAGUUCAAUCCAUCAGUGAGGAAGAAGAUAAAGAAGCUUCUGGAGAGGAAGGUGAAGAAAUCGAAACUGGCACUGAAACACAUGAACCAGCUGUUGAACAUGAAGUUGAAUUGUUUGUUACCACAGAGCAUGCCGAGCAGCCCGCUGUUGAUGUAUCCACUGAUAAAUUAUCAGAUGAAGAAAUUACUUCAGCUGUUACAAAAGCUCCUCUUGCAGAUGAAGAAUCUGCAACUAAAACACCUAUUUCAUCCGAAGAUGAUUCCGUUCAGAAAACAGAAGAAGAUGUUAUUCCAAGUGUCACCAAAGCUCCUAUGGCAGAACUUGAAGAUGUCACCACUCAACUUCCUGCAGAAUAUGAUAAUGAAAAUGUUACAGUUGAACAAGAAGAACAACAAGACAUUCUAUCUGUUACUAAAGCUCCUGUAUCUGAUGAACAUAUUGAACAUGUUACUGCUCAACAACCAGAAAGCGAAGAAGAAAUGGAAUUGGGUGAACAUGUUACAACUGAAGUGUCCAAGGAAGAAGUAUUAACUGAAGGUGUUUCAUCUGAACAACCCGGAGCUCCAGAUAUGGAAUAUGUUACUAAAGCUCCAAUUGCUGGCGACAAGAUUGAAAGUGAAGAAGACUUUUCAACUGUUACCAAAACUCCUAUGGAUAUUGAAGCUGUUACCGAUAAACAGGUUGAAGAACAAGACAUACUCGAUGUCACUAAAGCUCCUGUUUCUGAUGAGGAAAUUGAAUCAGUUACCUUUAAACUUCCUGAAGAGGAAAGUGUAUCUGACGUCACGAAAUCGCCAUUGGAAUCUGAAGAAGUCGAACAUGUUACUGCUCAAGAAUCUGAAGAACAAGAUGUUGAACCUUCUGUCACUAAAGCUCCUUUGGCUGCCGAUGAAAUUGAACAUGUUACUGCUCAAGCUGUCGAUAUUGAAGAUAUUGAUUCCAUUACUGUCAAGCAACCAGAACUUGAAGAAGAUAUUUCUGCCUUUACUCAAGCUUCUGUUAUUCCUGAAGAUAUCGAAACAGUUACAGAUAAAUUACAUGGAGAAGAAGAAUCAGAGAGUACGGAAGAUAUUGAAAGUCCAACUACAAAAUUACCAACGCAAGCUGAUGAAAUUUCUGAAGUUACUGUUUCUCACAUUCCCUCAGAAGAUGUUGAACAUACAACUGCUUCACAUACUGAAGAAGAACUUGCUGGCCAGGACAUUGAAACUUCUACGGCUGAACAACCUGCUGAUCACGACAUAUUAUCUGUUACCUCAAUUGAAGAUAUUGAUAUGGCUACAACUAAACCGUCGGAAGAAAGCUCAGAAACUUUAGAUAUCACUAAAGUACCCGAAACAUUGGAAGAUACCGAUGCUACUACUUCUAAAUUCCCAGUUCAUGUCGAUGAAAUCUCCGAUGUUUCAGUUACUGAAAAACCAACAUCUGACGAUGAGAAAGAAAUUGAAGACGAUGCUGAUAAGACUGAAGAAUAUACAACUCAAGUACCUGCAGUCGCUGAGCAAGAAGUACAUGAAGCUACAACUGCCAAAUUACCCGAACUGGCUGAACAUAUUACUGAAUUACCAACUAGAGAUAUUGAAUCAGAUCUGGAAUCUCAUGAUCAAGUUACUGAAAUGCCCGUUGUUACUGAGGUAUCAACUGAUAAAAUGCCUGAACUUACUGAACAAGAGUCUGAAUUGCCAACUAGUGUUACUGAAUCCGAAGAAGGCGAGUCUCAUGAAGAACCAACUGAAGUUCCCAUGGGCGCUGAAGUAUCAACAGACAAAGUCGCUGAAUUACCAGCAAAGGAUACUAAAUCAGAUGAAGAAUCUCAGGAAGUAUCUACCGAAUUGCCAGUUUCCGCUGAAAAAUUGCCAGAACUUUUCGAGCAUGUUACCGAAUUACCAACUAAGCACGAUGUUUCAGAAGAAGAGGAAUCCCAAGCUACUGAAUUACCUAUGGGUGGUCAUGUAUCGUUUGAUGAACUACCAGAACAUGUUACUGAGUUACCAACAAAAGGUGUUGAAUCCCAUGAAGCAACCACUGAUUUACCUGUGUUCACUGAAGAAUCUACUGACAAAUUGCCUGAACAUGACGUUGAAUUACCUACUAAAGACACAGAGCCAGAAGAAGAGGAUCAAUUACAUGAACAAGGAACUGAAUCGCCUAUUGAUGCUCAUGUUUCAACCGACAAAUUACCCGAACACAUCACAGAAUUGCCCACCAAAGAUAUCGAAACUGAUGAAGAAUCCCAUGAACAAGCAUCAGAGUUGCCUGUCAGCGGUGAAGUGGUCACUGAUAAAUUAUCUGAGCAUGUCACAGAAUUGCCUAUGGUCGCUGAAGUAUCUACUGACAAAUUGUCUGAACAUGAUGCUGAAUUACCAACUGAAGUCACAGAGUCAGAAGAAGAGGAUGAAUCACAUGAACAAGCCUCCGAAUUGCCUAUCGAUGCACAUGUUUCAACCGACAAAUUACCCGAACAUAUCACAGAAUUACCAACCAAAGAUAUCGAAUCUGAUGAAGAGUCCCAUGAACAAGCUACUGAAUUGCCUGUCAGCGGUGAAGUGGUCACUGAUAAAUUAUCUGAACAUGUCACAGAAUUACCAACUAAAGAUAUCGAAUCGGAAGAGGAAUCUGGUGAACAUGCUACUGAAUUGCCUGUCAGCGCCGAAGUGGUCACUGAUAAAUUAUCUGAACAUGUCACAGAAUUACCAACUAAAGAUAUCGAAUCGGAAGAGGAAUCUGGUGAACAUGCUACUGAAUUGCCUGUCUCCACUGAAGAUAAAUUACCAGAAUUGCCAACUAAAGACACUGAAUCAGAAGAAGAAGAAUCUCUCGAACAAGCCACUGUAUUACCCGUCGAUGUUCAUAUUACAACUGACAAAUUCCCCGAAUAUGUCACCGAAUUGCCAACCAAAGAUGUUGAAUCUGGAGAAGAAGUUCAUGAACAAGCAACUGAGGCGCCUGUUUCCGCUGAAGUAUCCACCGAUAAACUACCAGAACAUAUCACUGAAAUACCAUCUAAAGAUGUUGAGUCUGAAGAAGAAUCUCAUGAAGAAGCAACUGAAUUGCCUGCUAUUUCUCCAGUGUCAACAGACAAGUUACCUGAGAUUGCAGAACAUGUCACUGAAUUACCAACUAAAGAUGUUGAAUCAGGAGUUGAAGGUCAUGAGGAUACCACUGAAUUACCUUUGGUCGCACAUGAAGCUUCUACACUUGGACAAGCUGUUGAACAAUCCACAGAAAGUGCACCCAAAGAAGAAGAAUCUGCUGAAGAAACCUCAACUGAAGCGGCUGAAGAUAUUAGCUCAGUUAAACUGCAACCAGCAACAACAGUACAUCCCCUAUUCCAACAUCAUACAACAUUGCCUUCAGUUGCUAUCGAUAGUCGAAUUGAUGACACUAGUUCUCACACUACCCCAGUUCCUACCAAGGAAGAAGAAACAUACACCACACCCACAACAACAACAACAGUUAGCAGUUCCACAUCAGAACCAGUCACCACAUCUGCUCCACACUAUCAACCACAACCACCAAUUUAUGGUCAACCACCACAAUAUGGUCCCACACAAUACGAAGACGAAUACACUGAUGAAGACGAGGGUGAAGUCUUUGGUCCUGGUACUUGUCGUUAUGGUGGCAAACUUUAUGUAUCUGCCCAACAAAUACCCCGUGAUGAUCCUUGCGACUUCUGUUUCUGCUUCCGCAGCGAUAUCAUCUGUUUGCAACAAUCUUGUCCACCACCAAUUGCCGGUUGUCACGAAGAACCCAUUUCCGGUUUCUGUUGUCCCCGCUACGAAUGUCCGGUUUCCAUGGCAACCGUACUCAAUAUUACAACAAGUACCACAACGACAAGUACCACUUUACCACCUCAUUUCCUACAUCACUCUUAUGGAAAUAAUGUACAACGUAAUGGUUGCCUCAUCAAUGGCAGAUCGUAUAGAGUGGGUGAGAAGAUUGAAUCAACAAGUGGUCCAUGCAUUAAUUGCACAUGCGGCGGUGAUGGUAAAAUGAAAUGUGAUCCCCAGGCUUGUGUUCCUGAACCUACCAUGCAACAAGUAAUGGCUGUUGUAGCGGCUGGUCGCAAAAGAUGAACCCCUAGCCAUGCUAAUUUAAACUAAUUAUUAAAUUUUUUUUAUAUAAAUUAAGAUUAAUACAGUUACAAAACAAAAAUUCCUUACCAUUACAACCCUUCCACUUACCCGUUUUCCAACACAACUACACCAAAUCAACUGCGAAAAUAACACUAUUUUCCUCACUCACUAAUAUAAUAACGACCAACGACUUGAACAAGUUUUAACGGAAAACAAUCACAAUUUUUGAAUGAAAUUUUAAUCAACAAUUAACUGUUAGAAAAUAGGUGCCAAUAUUUAAAGCGGACAUACGAUUUUUAGACUCCCUGUUUUAUUCAAACCAUUGAGAUGCAAAUUUAAUAAUUACGAAUGAAUUAGCUUAUUUGAAGCAACCAGUGAUAUUGUACUGUAUACAUAGUAUAGGUGCAAUUAAUUAAGUGAACACGAAAAAACAAAACAAAAAAAAAACAAAAACGCACACAAAAAUUUAUAUACACUCGAAGAAAUUAUAUACACGAAAGGAAAAACGUUUUACUUUGACAUAGAAAAGAUAGAAAACUUUCCAAUUUUUUCUGUCAAAAUUUAGCACUCUUAGUAUGAUUAGGAAGAUAGAAUCCCCAGACUUGUAACAUGGUUUUUUGUUCAACUGCCCAUGGAAAACAACAGGAAACUUUAGAUAAAUCGUUACAUUCAAGAGACUCAACAAACCGCGCUUUCUCUAAAGUUUCUAUAGAUUCCCGUGGCCACAGCAGCAAGAAAUAGUGUUAUGACGAUUAGGAUGUAAGGAUUCACCAAUUAAUUUUCUUUAUUUUUAUUGUAUUCCCUUUAUAGUAUCCCCUCUCCCCCUAUAAAUUUUUAUAAGCUAAUCCCUUUUGAUACCUAAAUAUAAGUUUCUAUUUUAUAAAUUAUUUAAUUAAUAUUUUUAUACAUAAAACAAACAAAAAAAUAACAAAUGAAAUGAU